AUGCCAGAAGCAAUAGUACCAGGACCUAGUCUCAAUCCUUAUUCAACACUACCUCCAAUUGGUGGUACUAACGAUGGUGCUCGUAGUGAAGCUCGAGGUAGUCGUAGUGUACGUGGUGCUGAUGGUGCUGCUAAUGUACGUAGGGCUGAUGAUAAUGCUGGUGCUAAUAAUAAUAUACGUCAUGCUAUUGCUAAUGCUGGUGCUAAUGUUAAUGUAGGUAAUGCGGGUGCUAAUGUUAAUGUAGGUCAUGCUGGUGCUAAUGUUAAUGUAGGUAAUGCUGGUGCAAAUGUUACCGUAGAUGAUGCUGGUGGCAAUGCUGGUGUAUAUGAUGCCAAUGUUUGUGGUGUUUUUACUGAUGAUAGUGUUUGUGAUCGUCAACAAUCACAACAACAAAUAACUCAACAGCAAAUAAUCCUACUUCAGCAACAACAGGCUCAAGAAAUUGUCCUACUUCAACAACAACACGCUCAACAACAGGCUCAAGAAAUUGCCCUACUUCAACAACAACACGCUCAACAACUGGCUUCACUUCAACAACAACUCAAUCAAGCUGAAGAACUAGUCCCAAACCAACAACAAGAACAUUAA